AUGCUUCUCCAUUCCAGCCUCAAUCCAGUAGGAAUGAACACGACAACUGGUAGUAGUGGUGCUACGCCAGCCUCUGCUCAAACCAACAGCAAUGCUCCCAACCUGGUUGUGGUUGAAAGUAGUAAGGCAGCACAACUUGGGGUCAUGAUGCCAGUCUCUGCUCGAGGCGGUGGUGGAAAUGUACUAUUUGUGAGCGACUCUCAGCAACAACGAAAACGAUCCAACUCGUUAGCACCCAAUGCGAAUGUAGAUUCCAUACUCCCUCCGUCCUCUUCUUUCAAUAGUACUAGUAAUAUUUUGAUUAAUACUAGAAUGUCCACGGGGUCUUUAAAUGAGGCCGUGUAUGGCCAAGAGGAUGGAACAAAACAAGCACAUUCUUCAGGCCCAUUGAGCGUAACCAUGUCCCACGGAUUACGUUCGGAAACGGGCACCUCACGAUCCUAUUCCUCUACACGAUCCUCACUCUUGUCCUCGGAGGUGUUGAGAUCAUUCGAGGAGAACAUUAUUACGUUUGUGGUCAGUUUGCAACAAAACUGCUUUUUUAAGGCUUCCUCUGCACAUAACCAAAAAUCAGCAUGGAGUUCAAAAAAGAGGCUUUCUAGCUCAUUUUCACGAUUUCUUACUUGGAACAAUGUUGGAUAUGCUCUGUUUUACUUGUAUCUCAUGAUUUCAACGUUGAGUCUUUCCGUGCCUUAUGAAGAUCGAAGUAGUUAUCAUUGGGGAGAUUGGGGAGUUUAUAUCAUGCUGGUAUUUGGAUUCUGCAGGACGUGGCUCAUGGAGAUGGUUCCCUAUAUAGGAAUUAUUGUGAUCAGUGGCGCUUUGCUGCUUAUUAUUGCAAUCGGAUCCAUCUUGUUUUAUGUGCUUUAUAGGCUUUCCAAAAGCGGAUCUCGCUAUACCAAAACACUACAGGCAAUCACAAACGUUCUCUUUGUCUUUCUCACAGUCAUUCAUCUUCCUUCAACUCACAUCCUUACAUCGUUUUUUAAUUGUGAUUUUAAUACCAUGACUUUGGUAAGAUUUAAACCUGAAAGUUGUCAAACGACCACAAAUUAUGUGCUCAUUAUUCUUUCUGCGAUAACUCUUGCACUUCAACUAAUUAUUACUCAAUUUGGAGUAUUGUUUUUUAUUGAUUUGAGCCCUCUGUCAGAUACUUUUUCCAAUAUAUCCAACCCUAUACUCAUAAUGUAUCUGGUAUUAACAAACCAGAUUUAUUGGAUUGCUGUACAGUUAGUUCCAUUUCAGUUCAGUUUUGUAUUGCCAAUUGUAUCCAUACUCAUUUCACUUAUUUUCAUAAUCUACUUGUUCUAUAGCGUUCCUUGUUUUACCAGGUGGGAAAAUUCUAUUUGGGCAGGUUUUGGGUUUGCAAGACUUGGUUUCUCGAUAGCUACUCUUUUAUUGACUACAAUUGGAACAGGAAUGAGACAAGAUGACGCAAACAUUCUUGGAGUGUCGAUUGCAAGUUCAUCUUUUAUAUUCGCACUUGUAUUAUUUGUUAUUGGAUUUUCAAUUAUGGAAAUAUAUACAAGACGUGUCUACAGUUCGAUCAGAGAUUUAAUUGCUCUGUACUUGGUAACAGAUGACAACAUGAAUGGAUGGAAACAAGCACCUGAACCCCACUUGAUUUCUUCUCUUUGCCAAAUCAUUGAUGAAGAAAACAAAUACAGGAAUGUCAACUUAUUUUUGAGGUUUGUCAUGCCUCUGGGAAAACAUUCAUCAUUGGUUUAUAAGCAUCCAGAUUUCAAUUUAGCAUUAUACUUUGUGAAGGGAUCAAUUUCUCAAAAAACAUUUCAUGACAUUGAUUUGUUUAUUUCUGCAGCAACUUUACUAUCAAACUUUGUUCAAGAUGAUAUCAACAUCUCUGUUUUCUCUUCCACCUUGCUAAACAGAGCGUUAAAGUUACACCCAACUGUUAUCAAACGAUACUUUAUUCAUUUAAGGAUUAAGGAAAUGGAGAUUCGUUCUACACAAUCACUGGGAGGAAAAAAGAAAGGCACUUUAGAAAUGAAAACAAUUCUUCAAAAGUUGGAACACAAACAGCAAAAAUUGAAACAUUUACACAAGUUAUUUUGGAAAGAAUUGAUGAACGAAAUAAUUUCAGAGUCGAAAAUUAUUUCCAUUAACCAGCAAAUUGAAAUUGUAACAGAUGAAUGUGAGGUUUUGUUUAGCACUCUCAUGAUUAAUUUUGGAAGCGACAAAUCCGCAAUUAGAGCCUACGCUCAAUUCUUGGAUAACUUUCUCUUUCAAAAGGAAAGCGCAGCAGAAUUGUUCAACGAAGCAAGUUUAAUUGAGGAAGAAGAAUCAAAAAAAGCAGUCCAAUCACGAAGACCAACAGUGAAAUCAAAUAGAAUCAUGCCUCUCCCAACUACUCACGCUGACGAGCUUAGUGAAAAAAAAGUUGAGCGCGAAGACUUGUUUGAUGAAGAAAUUGAUGAAGAUAGCUUUGGAGGAUCUUCUGACGUUAUUCCAUCAUCUCAGAAAAAGGAAAUACUUUUCAGAAGUGCUUUAUUGUCGAGAGAGGAUCACAAAAUAGUUUACAUCUCUUUGUUAUUGUUCGUUGCCCUUUGUGUUACAAUGCUCGUUGUUGGAUUGGUGAUUAAUAUUACAUUCUCAAAUGAAAUUUCCUCCAAGGUGUUUCUUGUGAACCAAGCCUGUACCAUGAACUCAGUUAGCCACUUAAUUGCAUCAGGUAUUCGCUCGCUACAGUCUACCAUAAAAUACAAAGGCAUCAAUGACACAGGUUUGAUGGUAUCAUUCAGAGCACACAAAGAUCGGCUAAUAGUCCUUCAAGACAAGGCCAAAAUAGUUCAAAGUUUAUCCAAAUCUGUUGGUAUAUUUACAACAGAAAUGAAGUAUGAUUUUACGGCAGAUAGUGUGUCGUUGAAAAUGCCAAUAGUUGCCAAGACUCAAACUCUCGAAUAUGAACUCAAAAAUACUUCGCUGUCUGAGACAACCAAGUUGUUAGUUACAAAUAUUGACACACUACUUGGAUCAACCAUUCAACAGUACAAUCUAACACAUGAAUCCUAUGUAUUCUUAUUUUUUUGGUUGAACAGAGAGCCCUUAAAGGAUGCUUAUGAAAAGUUUUGUGUCAAUUUUAUUGAUAGGAAUCAAAUUGUAGCAAUGGAAAGAAGAAUGAUCUACAUUAUUUUAGCUGUGUGUAUUAAUGUUAUAAUGUUGCUAAUGAGCGCUUUAUUUUUAGUUGCCAUCAAUAUUCACCUUCGUAAAAUAUUUAAGGUGGUAAGAUUGUUUAAACAUAUUGAUAAGGAUCAAGUAGGUGCAGUCUUUCAUAAGCUUGACACGAAUACCAAAGACAAUAUCCAAAAGAUUGACAGUGCAAACUUUACACCUAUGAAGAUUAUUCUACUCGCAAUAUUGGCAAUAGUGAUUUGUUUCUUCUUGUCAUCCUCAUUGAUUAUGGCCGAAUUUUUUUUGAACUUGGACGAUUCCUACAUAGCCAUGUUGAACGUUGCUGAGGCUACACGAGUAUUAAUGCAUAGCCAGGUCGUAAACUUUGGUUUGGAUGAGAUUGUGUUUGACCAGAAUAUGCAACCAGGAGAAAAUGAAAUUUAUUUUGCGAGUAACAAGGUCUAUUUGGCUAAAUCUAUAGAUGCAUGGAAUAAUUUGAUAUAUGGAGCUGCCUUUAACGGUCACCGUUCUAUUCUUUCUGAAAAUAUAGACUCAGUAAUGUCGCACAAGAAUUGUUCGGCAACUGACUAUUCUUGCUUUGGGCUGGAUCAGCUGCUUGACCUAUUAUCAUCACAAGCAGAUGAAAUGAACAAUCAAGCCUAUCACCGGUUGUACAGUCCCCCUAUUCUUUUUGAUAGAUUCAUGCAAUUUUAUAGUGCGAGCAAAAUAAUGGCCUACAAGCUCUAUGCAUUUAUUGAUGCGUAUGUUGCGUUACACCAAAGCCCCUCUCGUGUACUUACAGGAAUAUUUGCAACUUUUGGAUUUGUUUCGUUGCUUGCUCUCACAUAUUUUACUAACAGUCAAUUGCAACAAUAUUGGGGUCAACUUAAUCAACUCAGAGCAUUGUUAUGCUAUGUGAAUUGGGAGACAUUAGAUAACAAUGACCAACUCAGAGAAUAUGCUCUACAUUUCCAAUUCGCCACCAAAAAGAGCACCUCCAAAAAAGGAAAGUUUGGUAGAUUAUUUUCCUUAAUAUCUCCAGUCUCAGAUAAUGAGGAUGAGCAAGCAUUUGCACAAGUUAAAGCUGUAUUGGAUAGUACUGUGGAGGGAUCAAUCAUUUGUAAUGUCGACGGAUCUAUUAAGUUUUUCAAUCAAGCAGCUCAAGAUAUGUUCGGUUUUCGACAAUCAGAGGUGGUUGGAACGAAAAUUUCAAAUCUCUUCUCAAAGAAACAAGUUAUUGAAAAAAUAGAAGCAACUAUUGAGCGGAUGAAAAAAGCAACAACUAAUUUUGGAGAGACUUUCGAAAAACUAAAGGCAAGAAGGAAAAAUGGAAAAACUUUUCCUUUGAGAGCAAAUUUUUGCGUGAGCGUAAUUAAUGGAGACAAUGAAAAAACAAAGAAAUUAAUCAUUAGCUGUUUUAUGAAAGACAUCACAACAGAAUUGAAACAUUCAAUACUAAUCGCACAGGAGAAAGCUAAAUCUGAGGCUUUAUUGUUGAAUAUUUUACCUCUUCCUGUUGCAAAUCGUCUGAAAGCAGGAGAAAAGAAUAUCUAUGAAAAUAUUAAGGAUGUCACUUGUUUAUUUUCAGAUAUUGUCGGAUUUACCAGCAUGAGCAGCAAAUUAGAGCCUAAUCAAGUUGUAGAAAUGCUCAACAUUAUUGUUAAUCAAUUUGACCUUUUGUGUGAUCGACUUGGCUUGGAAAAGAUUAAAACCAUCGGAGAUGCUUAUUUCUUAGCAGGUGGUUUACAUAACAAGGAGACAGAUCAUCCUGAGAAGGUGUUACUAUUUGCAUGUGGCCAAUUCUCCAUUCUUUACAAUUACAAUGUAAAACGAAAUGCAAAUCUGAAUGUUCGAGUUGGCAUUCACACUGGAAGUGUUACGGCUGGAGUGUUGGGUUCUUCAAAAUUCAGCUACGACUUGUGGGGUGACACUGUGAACACAGCGUCACGUAUGGAAUCAACUGGUAUUGGUGGUAGAAUUCAAAUCUCUCGUCAAACCUAUGAGCGAGUAUAUGAUUUGUAUGAAUUUGAAUCAAGAGAAGUGGAAGUCAAAGGAAAAGGUCUUCAAACGACAUAUCUACUCAUGCAAAAGUAUCACCAAAAUCCAGAUCCUCAAGCUGAAGCGUUCAAUGCUGACAAGUUACUCGGUUUUGAACUUGCUGAAAAUCAGGAAAAUUCAAACUUGAGCAAGUAUCACUUAUCGGUAGAGCCUUCUGAAUUUGAUGCUUCUGAAGUUGAAGAUGAAGAGAAGAGAGAAUAA